AAUACCGUGUUGCGCACCGUGCCUUCUCCGAAGAAUCCCUCUUGUUGCAUGGGUCCGCCGAGCAUGGGGCCGGCCCACUCCAUCCCGAAGAUCCGGCGUUGACAUCAUGCCGAAUUUUAAACUCAGCAAAAGCCGCUUCCAGUCGACCGUCCAAACGCAUACGCGCUCAGUGCUCCUCAUGGCGCCACUACGCUGCAUCAACGCGCCUGCAACGGCCAGCCUGUUCGUCCAGCUCAGCAUGCGUCGCCAGGCCAUCUCGAGCGGCCUAUCCAUCUUCGACAUCCUCCUGCCUUCGCCCACCCACGCGGCGGCCGCGGCAACUGCAGUUCGCGCGCAUCGCGCAUUUUCCGUCGCGAGAGCGCGCAGCCGACGAGAUGUCCCAUUGCAAUCCAAUGGUGGAGCAUGGAAAGGCUCGACAUCACGCGCCACACUGGCGGAGCCCCGCGUAACGCCGCUCGGUCCCGGCUUCCGCCCGUUCAGCACCUCCUCCCCAAGGAGCGCGACGCACGCCAUCUAUAACCGGCAAGUAGACGACGACGGUAAUGAGAUGACGUUGGAGAUCACUCCGCGCGCAGCAAAUAGGCUCUCCGAAAUAAUGGCCAAAGACUCGAACCCGCACCUGGCCCUCCGGAUCGAAGUCGAGAGCGGCGGCUGCCACGGCUUUCAGUACCUCAUGAAACUCGUGACAUUGCCACCGUCACUUCCCGUCAGCGAUUCGUCGGCCCCUGCUGCCGAGGAAGACUCGGAGUCGGCCGUCAUCCGCGAGGACGACACGAUAUUCGCUUUCACACCCGAGGGGAGUACUUCUCCAGGAGACCUGACGGCUCCCAAGAUCAUCCUUGAUCUGCCUUCGCUUGAAAUACUGAAGGGGAGUAAGGUCGACUUCACGAUGGAACUCAUUGGGUCACAGUUCAAGAUUGUGGACAACCCGCUGGCGACGAGCAGUUGUGGCUGUGGUACAAGCUUUGAUAUCAAGAUAUGACCCCACAACUUGGCGAGGAAAAAUAUCAGAACUCAGGAUAGAGCGAUUUGUACAGAACUGCAGGCGUCGAUACCCAGAGAUAAACGGUCACUGGCAGGUCAGACACG